UGGGGGCGGGCAGGUCGGGGCCGCUGCGCGCCGGGAUUGGCCGUUUGAGGCUGCCCUCCGAGCGGAAGUGGAGCUGGGCGGAAGUGGCGCCAAGCGGAUGGAGGGAGUGUCGUGUAAACAGUGUCCUUCCGCGCGGCGGCCUCGGAGAGAGCUGCGGCCCGGGGAAGGGGGCGUGCCUGGGAACCGGGAGCUUCUCUCGUGCGGGGGAAAGGCGGCAGUGGGCUGGGAUCGCGGCGGCCCCGGGCGUGUUGUCCAAUGGCUGGACGGGCUCCCUCCCUGGGCGGAGGAAUCCCGGGCUGUGAGGCGGUUGGAAUCCGGGCCCAUGUGCUUCUUUGUUUACUAAGAGCGGAAGCGCUGGCGGGAGCGGGGUGGGGUGCGCGACCAGCCUAGUGGCGGAGGUCCUGGCGAGAUCAGGGGCUCAGGAGACUCAAAGAAAGUGGGGGAUCAUAGGGAUGGAAGGAAAGCUGACAACCUUGAGAUCGGAGUGUGGGGCGCCAGUGAGGAAGGGCGCUAGGGUUUUAGUUAAACUAAAGUAGGGACCGGAAUUCCCCUGGGAAGAAGGUGUUGGAUCGUCCUGUGAACUGCCACAGCCUCUUUAUUCUUCGCUGAUUAAAAAGAAACUUGUGAAAAAAAGUUAUGCCCACUUUGGGGAGAAUUCGAAAAGGUUAAGAAGUUCUUACAAGAGUUCUACCAGGAUGAUGAACUUGGGAAGAAGCAGUUCAAGUAUGGGAACCAAUUGGUUCGGCUGGCUCAUAGGGAACAGGUGGCUCUGUAUGUGGACCUGGAUGAUGUAGCUGAGGAUGACCCUGAGUUGGUGGACUCAAUUUGUGAGAAUGCCAGGCGCUACGCAAAGCUCUUUGCUGAUGUGGUACAAGAGCUGCUGCCUCAGUACAAGGAGAGGGAGGUGGUAAAUAAAGAUGUCUUGGAUGUUUAUAUUGAGCAUCGGCUUAUGAUGGAGCAGCGGACUCGGGACCCUGUGACGGCCCGAAGCCCCCAGAACCAGUAUCCCGCUGAACUCAUGCGCAGAUUUGAGCUGUAUUUUCAAGGCCCAAGCAGCAACAAGCCUCGUGUGAUCCGGGAUGUGCGGGCUGACUCUGUGGGGAAAUUGGUGACUGUGCGUGGAAUCGUCAUUCGUGUCUCUGAAGUCAAACCCAGGAUGGUGGUGGCCACUUACACUUGUGACCAGUGCGGGGCAGAGACCUACCAGCCGAUUCAGUCUCCCACUUUCAUGCCUCUGAUCAUGUGUCCAAGCCAGGAGUGCCAAACCAACCGCUCAGGAGGGCGGCUGUAUCUGCAGACACGGGGCUCCAAAUUCAUCAAAUUCCAGGAGAUGAAGAUGCAAGAACAUAGUGACCAAGUACCUGUGGGAAAUAUCCCUCGUAGUAUCACGGUGCUGGUAGAAGGAGAGAAUACAAGGAUUGCCCAGCCUGGAGACCACGUCAGUGUCACUGGUAUCUUCCUGCCCGUCCUGCGCACUGGGUUCCGACAGGUGGUACAGGGUUUACUCUCAGAAACCUACCUGGAAGCCCAUCGGAUUGUGAAGAUGAACAAGAGUGAGGACGAUGAGUCUGGGGCUGGAGAGCUCAGCAGGGAAGAGCUGAGGCAGAUUGCAGAGGAGGAUUUUUACGAAAAGCUGGCAGCUUCAAUUGCCCCAGAGAUAUAUGGGCAUGAAGAUGUGAAGAAGGCACUGCUGCUCCUGCUAGUGGGGGGUGUGGACCAGUCUCCUCGGGGCAUGAAAAUCAGGGGCAACAUCAACAUCUGUCUGAUGGGGGAUCCUGGUGUGGCCAAGUCUCAGCUCCUGUCAUACAUCGAUCGCCUGGCCCCCCGCAGCCAGUACACAACAGGCCGGGGCUCCUCGGGAGUGGGGCUUACAGCAGCUGUGCUGAGAGACUCCGUGAGUGGAGAACUGACUUUAGAGGGUGGGGCCCUGGUGCUGGCUGACCAGGGUGUGUGCUGCAUUGAUGAGUUUGACAAGAUGGCUGAGGCCGACCGCACAGCCAUCCACGAGGUCAUGGAGCAGCAGACCAUUUCUAUCGCCAAGGCUGGCAUCCUCACCACACUCAAUGCCCGCUGUUCUAUCCUGGCUGCUGCCAACCCUGCCUACGGGCGCUACAACCCUCGCCGCAGCCUGGAGCAGAACAUACAGCUGCCUGCUGCACUGCUUUCCCGGUUUGACCUCCUCUGGCUAAUUCAGGACCGGCCUGAUCGUGACAAUGACCUACGGUUGGCCCAGCACAUCACCUACGUGCACCAGCACAGCCGGCAGCCCCCCUCCCAGUUUGAACCUCUGGACAUGAAGCUCAUGAGGCGUUACAUAGCCAUGUGCCGAGAGAAACAGCCCACGGUGCCAGAGUCUCUGGCUGACUACAUCACGGCAGCAUACGUGGAGAUGAGGCGCGAGGCUUGGGCUAGUAAGGAUGCCACCUAUACUUCUGCUCGGACGCUGCUGGCAAUCCUGCGCCUUUCCACUGCUCUGGCACGUCUGCGAAUGGUGGACGUGGUGGAAAAGGAAGAUGUGAAUGAAGCCAUCAGGUUAAUGGAGAUGUCAAAGGACUCACUUCUAGGCGACAAGGGGCAGACAGCUAGGACUCAGAGACCAGCAGAUGUGAUAUUUGCCACUGUCCGGGAACUAGUCUCAGGGGGCCGAAGUGUCCGGUUCUCUGAGGCAGAGCAGCGCUGCAUAUCUCGUGGCUUCACGCCUGCUCAGUUCCAGGCAGCUCUGGAUGAGUAUGAGGAGCUCAAUGUCUGGCAGGUCAAUGCUUCCCGGACGCGGAUCACUUUUGUCUGAUUCCAGCCUGCUUGCGACCCUGGGUCCACUUGUUUCGUGUUGGCCUGCCCCUUGGGAAGGAAGAGCCUCUCUCUCAUGCUGCACUUACUCCUUUUGCCAAUAAAGUAUUUGUAGAUUGCAACCUUCUAA